AUGAAAACAUUAACUUUAUAUUUUAAAAUUACAACGUUCCUUCUUUUAAUUUGGAUGUAUCAAUGUUUUCAUAACUGUGAUACCUAUAAAACUUUGAUUGAUAAAAAUAUAUUGCAAACAAAAAAUGAGUUAAAAUAUGAAAGAGUAUUAACAGAGGGUGACAUAGCAGCAAAAAGGCAAGCUUACGCUGAAGGAUGCCAAAAAGAAUGUUCAUUAGAUUAUGAAAAAAACAAAUGGGAAAAUUUGCUACUACAGGAGAAUCCUUACGAUCGAUGGCAGAAAGUCACUAAUCCCAAUUUGUUUGAGCGAUUUAAAAAAGAAACUAGUGGAAUGGAUCCUAAAUGGAUAGACGAAAAAUGGAAUAAUGAAUGGAAUAAUAUUUCAGCGAACAAAGUUAGUGAUCUAUCUUCAAUAUUUCAUCGAAAUGAUAUUUCUGAAGAUGAAAAAGAAAAAUUAAUUUUUAAUGUUAUGGAAGAACUCUCCAGUCUAUAUUUGAAAUUUCUAGACGAAUGUAAGAAAGAGAUGAGAGACAAUAAAUCAGAAUCCGAAUCUAAGAUAGAGAUGAGAGAAAAUAAAACAGAAUCCGAAUGUAUGAAUGAGCAGGGAAAAAAUAAAAAAAAAAAAAAGAAAUCAAAUAUUUUGAAAUUUCUUUUUUGUAGGUUUGAUAACCAUUAA